AUGACGGAACAGACGCCGCUGCGACAAAAACGUGUCGCCCCAGAAGCCAACCCCGGUAUCAACGGAUUGAUCGCAGCAUGCAACAAAAACGACAGGUUCAAACUUCUAGAGGACGAAAGUGUUCUGCCUGGAGACUUGCGCAAUUCGAUCCAUCCGACGUUGCGAUGGUUUGAUAGUGAAGGGCCUAUGCGGCAGAUGCUUCAGUUGGCAUCACAUUUCCUCAGCCAUGACACCGUCCUCGCUUUCUUUGUACCGCUUCUAUACGGACGCGACUUAAUAAGCAUAGUUGACGAUGCAAGGAAGACUUACCUCUCAGACCCGCUCGCGCAUGCGUCUGAAGAGAAGCGCGGUCAAUAUCUGGCUGGAGUGCGUGAGGCUUUGCAUUGCCUUGGGCACAGCGUCUCCUUCCAAUUCCUACCGUCUGCGAAGCGACGCAAAUUUUCUUGCAGGAUCGAAAUGGCGGACUGGCUGCGCAAUUUUUAUUCGACUGGUGAGUACGAAGCGGCGUCGCGGUGUGCGCAGUUUCGACACGAUUUCCUUUUUGCUGCAACACUCGUGCAUGAGAUUGCCCAUGCUGUGGGAAUAUUGCGACGGGGCAAUACGAAGGAGCCGCACAUUCGAGCUGACUGUCCAGAAGCCGAGUGGGGCUAUGGUUGGGAACACUUCAUGUUCGGCGCCGUAAUUAACCCUCAAGACUUGUCGGUACCAGGCACUCACCUUCUUAUGCGUAAGAUAUGGGUAGAUCGAAAGACGGCCAACGAGAUUGGAGGUAAGGAGUACUGCGAUGUACCCAUGUCUUACAUAGCGCAAUGGUUUCGGAACAAGACAUGGAGCAUUGUAGCCAAGUACGGACCAACUACCGUUGCAGCACCAAUCGCUAAUUUCAAGGUACGACCGUCGGACCAGCGUGGGGCCUGGGUAGUGUCAAGUGACCAUCCAGAGAUCGAGAAAGAUCUGAGAAUGCUGCAAUCUCACUGGCGAAAUCGCUCUUUGAAUCCAAGUCUAGGAGUAGGGUCGUCAUCAUCACCGGCUGCUCGUUCGCGUUUUGUCAAGAUAUUCUGGCACGUUGUCACUACGGAACAGUUACAGAAGAAUAACGCGCCGGUUCCGCUACGCACUUCGAUCAUAUCACGGGCUGAUACGGGCUCCACGCCAAAGCCCACUCAGACCAUACGAGUGUGCUGCAAGCCAACAAACACACAGCCCCUUGCAGGAUGCCAACCAAAUUACUCUGAUGGCUGCGAUACGUCUCGAAAGCGGCCCGCAGAGUCACGAAAAGAGUGCUGUCGCGUCAGCAAAGCAAUGAAG